AUGACGUUCCAGCCACCCAUCACAGCGGGCGGCAGCUCAGUCGAGUACACGCAGAAGUUCAAAAAGCACUUUGGCGAUCGGCCGACAGCGUUUGCGCUCUCGGAAUCGCGGCCCUCCAGCAGCAGCAGCUCCAGCAGCGCUUCGGCCUCGUCCCACCUCUUCGGCAGCCGCGAGGAGCAUGCGAUGUCGCAUCCAGCAGCGUCGUCGUCGUCGUCGAGCAGCUUUGUAGGUCAGGGAGAAGUGGACGGAGAGACACACGCGCAAUUGGCCAAUCUGGGAUGGCGGAUCCGCUCGCGCAUCAACCAGGGCUACCUGCGCACCUCGACCUCUCACCCCGCAUGCGCACCACAGGAAGGCUUCCUCUCGGAGCGGGACAUCCUGCGCAACGUAACAAACACCCGACGUGGUUGGAGUCGUGUCUCCACCGCUCCCACCAUCGCGUCCACGUUCGAUGAGCUGCGCACCGGCACCCCGCGGGUCCCUACCCCCUGCGACGCCGCCCCAGCAGCGGCGAGUCGGGAACUGACAGGCAAACGCAGACUCUCCGAAUCGGAUAGUGAAGAUACGGUUGACAUGACGGAUUACGGAGCGCAAAGACGCAUCGCAGGCCUGCCGCAGUUGUCCUUCUCCUCGUCCGUCUCGUCCACAUCUUCGCACGAGCCAGGUUUCCCCACCUCACCCCACCGCCUGCAUCAUCCACCACUGCAUCCAAGGACCUUCUCGAGGUCACACAGCUCUGCUCACUCCUCCUCCCACCCCUCCUCGAUGGACAUGGAUACCGAGAUGCCAGAUGAAGUACCAACGACGGCGGCGCUGGGCAAGGCGCCAGGUCGCGAGGCGUACGACUUUUCCAGCCAUUUCAACCGCACCGACUUCUAG